GAGGGGGAAACAAGGGGAACGGGGGGAAAAGAAAAAGAAAACAAAAAGGCGGCAGAGGCGGAGGCGAACUUUCGGGCAGAGUUCCCAGGAGCCUCGCAAGCUGACCGGACGGAGUCCCCUUCCGCGGGGUGGGCGACACUGCCCUGAGGAAGCCGGAGAAUAAGAAAGCGGGCGCGGGGGGCGGGAGAGACUUUUGCCCGCGGACUUCCAAACCCUCUCGCUUCUCUUCUCAUCUCUUCCUUCCUUCCUCCCCGCCCGCCUUCAGCUCUCGCUCCCGGAUAUAACUAGUCUUCGGCGCUCGGCAGGUCUGGGACGAGAGCGAUCGAGCGAGGGAGAGAAGGAAGCCCUGGUCGCCGGGUGACGUGGAAGGCGAGGGGCAGCCGUUUCUCCUCGCCCGGAGGAGCGGGGGAGGAAAAAGCCACCAGCCGGUGACAGGAUCGCUCGCAACUUUGUGCCUGUGUGCGCGCCUGGAAAACGCGUCGAGCCCCUGGAUGUGGUACCUGAGAAACAACUCAGACAUUGGCUGCAGAGGCUCUACAUCUACUGAUUUGGGGAAACAGAAGAUUCCUACCACUCAAGAUGAACCUCUACCUGCCUAGGAAGCACUGGAGAUUUGGAGAGAAUGCACUUAUUUAGCAAGAACAGCCAAAUAUAAUUGUUUCUGUUGCUUUGACCUAUUCAUUUUUCAUUUUUCCUUCCCAAUUUCUUCCCACAAUUGAGAUCCAGUCAUCAAGCACCAAAUUAUUUAAUGCCCAUAGUAUUUAUCAUCAUUACUAGACUUUUUUUUUAAUGUGCUGUGAGAGUUCUGAAAAUAUUUUUGUUUCUUGGGCUUUUUGCUCCCACCAUUUUUUGGGACUUUCUCUUGAAUCUCACACACAGAGCAUCUGGAUGGUUUCAUAAAUUGGGAGCAGUGCCCUUGUUCAUCAUGGGGCGAGAACAGGAACUGAUCCAGGCUGUGAAAAAUGAGGAUGUACCUGGUGUGCAGAAAUUGGUAGCAAAGAUCAAGGUGUCUAAAAGUAAACUCUUGGGAUCAACUAAACGGCUGAAUGUGAACUACCAGGAUGUGGAUGGGUUUUCAGCUUUGCACCAUGCAGCCUUGGUUGGAAGCCUGGAGCUUAUCUCCCUGCUGCUGGAGGCACAAGCCAUUGUGGAUAUUAAGGAUACAAAUGGAAUGCGCCCUUUACACUAUGCUGCCUGGCAAGGGAAGGUGGAGCCAGUGCGCCUCCUGCUACGGGCAUCUGCUUCAGUCAAUAUGGCAUCAUUAGAUGGACAGGUCCCACUGCACCUGUCUGCCCAGUAUGGCCACUAUGAAGUGUCAGAGAUGUUGCUUCAGCACCAAUCCAACCCGUGUCUCAUAAAUAAGGCUAAGAAAACCCCCUUGGAUUUGGCUUGUGAGUUUGGGAGGCUGAAGGUAGCUCAGUUGCUUCUAAACAGCCAUAUGUGUGUGGCUCUGCUUGAGGGACAAUUCAAAGACACAAGUGACCCCAAUUACACUACACCUCUACACCUGGCAGCCAAGAAUGGGCACAAGGAGAUUAUCAGGCAACUCCUGAAAGCUGGAAUUGAGAUCAACAGGCAGACAAAAACAGGCACUGCCUUGCAUGAAGCUGCACUGUAUGGCAAGACAGAAGUGGUGCGUCUACUGCUGCAGGGGGGCAUUGAUGUCAACAUUCGCAACACCUACAACCAGACAGCCUUGGAUAUCGUGAACCAGUUCACCACAUCACAUGCCAGCAAGGACAUCAAGCAGCUCCUACGAGAGGCAUCAGGAAUCCUGAAGGUCCGUGCUUUAAAGGAUUUCUGGAAUCUCCACGAUCCAACAGCUCUUAACAUCCGUGCUGGAGAUGUCAUCACGGUCCUGGAGCAGCAUGCAGAUGGGCGUUGGAAGGGCCAUAUCCACGAUGCUCAGAAAGGCACUGACCGAGUUGGCUACUUUCCUCCAUCCAUUGUAGAAGUAAUCAGCAAGCGGACAGGCCUGACUCUUUCCCGCAUGAUGUCCACACAUCAGUGCCAGAGCCAUGCAAAGGGACUGCAGGUUACCACAGCUACCCCUCCUGGUGGGCUACAACUACAUAGCGACACCUCUCCGCCACAGGCACCACUCAGCCUCCCUACAGGUUGGGGCCACCUCACCCUGACUAGGACUGCUCCAGCACCUGAGAACCCAGCAGGUGAUAGAAACAGCGUGGGCAGCGAAGGCAGUAUUGGCAGUAUCCGAAGUGCUGGUAGCGGUCAAAGUACUGAGGGUACCAAUGGACAAUUCAUGGGACUCCUCAUUGAGAAUGUGAAGCCACUUUUGCCUGGUGGGGAGGAUCUGCAGCAACACAUCCUGAGUUCAAAUAUUCACAAUGGUCAAACCAGCUCCUUGGGGACACAAACGCAUCAGAAUUUCUCCAACGACAGGCCCUUCUCCCACCAAUAUUUACGCCCAGAGAAGCUCCUGGAAGGGAAGGAUGCUGCAGCCAUUUACAAUUGGCUAAGCAAUUUCCAGCUGGAGUGUUAUACAGCCAACUUCCUGAAUGCAGGUUAUGAUGUGCCAACAAUCAGCCGCAUGACUCCAGAGGAUCUCACAGCAAUUGGGGUAACCAAACCAGGCCACAGGAAGAAGAUUUCGACAGAGAUUGGACAGCUAAGCAUUGCUGAAUGGCUCCCAAAUUAUAUUCCUGAUGACUUGAUGGAAUGGUUGAGUGCUAUUGGUCUACCACAGUACCACAAAAAGCUGGUGAGCAACGGUUAUGACUCCAUCAACAUUGUGACCGAUCUGACUUGGGAGGAUUUGCAAGAGAUUGGCAUCAACAAACUUGGCCACCAAAAGAAGAUCAUGCUGGCUGUCAAGAGGUUGACAGAUCUUUGUAAGAGUCAGAGCCAGGCUAAAGUCAACACUCUUGGGCGCAAGAUCCCUGGUACCUUGGAAAUAGUCACCAUUGAGACCGUGGAGACUGGGGAGUGUCAUUCUCCUCUCACCCCCAAAAUGACCACUUUUCAGGACAGCGAGCUGAGCCACGAGCUCCAGACAGCCAUGUCCAACAGCUGUCAAGGGACAUUGACCAUCAAGAGUACACAAGGCAUUUCACGGAGCCAAGAGAGCAUUGGUGCCCGAUCUAGAGGAUCAGGACAUUCCCAGGAGAACAUGCUGUCCCAAAGCACAUCCUCUAGCCAUUCGCAGGAGAGUUUGGAUAGUGGCGAAGGGAGCAGCGGGAGCAGUGGAGGGCAUUCUUUCACCCAGCUCCAUCCUGUGGAGAAUUCCGCCAUUACCCAGGGUCGGCCCAACCCAGACCACUAUGGGAAAUUCAUCCCAUUGCUCAAUGGACCAGAUGGAGUCAAUGGCUAUUCCAGCAGUUGUGUGGGAAGUCCCUUAAGGGAGAGGAAUCUGCCCGAGGGGAUGGAUCACUUUCAUAGAUCAAGUGCUUCACCAGAGCCAUCAAGCCCCCUAUCAGUCCCCUCCCCCUGCACAUUGCCCCAUGCUGCCAGCAAGGGAACAGCCCCGUAUGUCUUCAUGUAUCCCCAUGUAUCACUGAAGGCCCAGUUGGCUCCUCCACCUUCUAUGCCUGAGCAGGCCAAGCCAGCUACCCAUUUGUCAGUCCAGAGGACCGCACUCCAAUCAACUGCCCAGAAAGCUUUCUCCUAUCUUCAUUCCCACUGUGGCCCUACAGAGCCACCUCAGGUGCCCCCAAAGCCUAGGCCUGAGCAGCAAAAUGGCAAGGGCUUUAAGCACAAGAAACGCUCACAAAGCUUGAACCGCUAUGCACUGUCGGAUGGGGAACCCGAUGAGGAAGAACCAGCCAGUAGCUCAGUGGGUUCUUACGCUACCCUAACCAGGCGACCCGGGCGCAGUCAGGUUGCACGGACACAACCGCCUUCAGAAGCGAAAGUCUUGCGCAGUCAGUCUUUUGCUAUCCGUGCCCGGAAGAAAGGCCCUCCUCCUCCUCCUCCUAAACGCCUCAGUUCGGUCUCCAGCCCUUUAGCAGUUGAUGCAGAGUUUGAACAAGGCCAACAGACACAGAAUGGAUCCUCGCUCUCCAAGGACGAUGGGGAUAAUACUAAUGACAGAGCUUGCUUGGAGAAAAACACAGCUGCUAAGCUUGAUAGGCCAAUCUAUGAUGGGAGCCCAGCCCAGCCUCUUCAGUCUUCCCAGAUCCCCAGUUGUGGUCAGGAAGGUACCAAGAAAGGUGGCCUACACAAUUCAGUCCAAGGAGGCCUUGUUAACACCAAUACCCUGAAUGGUAGAAGCCAAGUCUUGGAAGGUAACACUCCCAGGAGACGAACAUUCAGUGAAUCAGCAGUUACCAUGACGGAGGCUUUGCAGCAUAACCUUGAAGAUAUCCGAUCAGACACUGAGGAAGAUGGUCCAGUUGAGAAGGAUGACUCUGCCAAAUCCCCUUGUUCUUCUCAAAACAGCUCUAGUGAGUGCAUCCCUUUUGCAGAAGAAGGCAAUCUAACCAUCAAACAGCGACCAAAGCCUUUGGGGCAGAUGAAAAACGAUGCCCCAGCUCCAGACUCAGACUCUGCUCCUGCUCAGUCCAAUGGAAAAGAGUCUCAAGAGGAUUCAGCAAAAGAAGGCCCAAUGUUGGAAUUCAAUCUCACAGAAUCCGACACGGUCAAGAGGCGGCCCCGGUGCAAAGAGAGGGAACCUCUACAAAAUGUACUGAAGGCAUUUGGCAUGACCACCGCCCCACAGUAUGCCCAGGCCCAGGCGGUAAGCAUCAGUGGGCCUUCGCUGCACAUGAUGGAAGCGCUCCCUACCACAGGCCCAUUGGAGGAUGACCACAUGGCAUUCCAAAUAGUUGAGAUAGAGAAAAGCAUCCUGUCCCUGGAGAAGGGAAUUAGCAAGCUUCCCGUCUCUUUGAAACCAGCCAGUCCAGGGACAUCGCACAGCGAGCGGCAUGGAGGAUCAGCCCAGUUAAGAAUACCAGCCUCUGUAACAGACAUGACAGCCAUGCCAACAUCCAUUGCUUCCACCAAGCUGGUAUUUUCAGGACCCAAAACCAUCUAUCAGCAAGUCUUGCCAAACUCCCACCACCCAGGUCCCUCCAGAGCAGCCCAUGAGAUGGCGUCAGAAGCAUCCAGUCCCUAUCCCAUAAAACCGGGUCUCAGCAAUAAGCCUGCUUUCAAUUUUGGGGUGCCCCACCCACCAAGGCCUUCAAGCUUGUGUCCUGGUGUAAUACAGACUCAGCAGCGCCUGGAACAAACUAGUUCAUCUUUGGCAUCCACCCUGGAGGCUGCCAAAAAGGAGAUCAUUGCAGAGGAAGCAGAGAGCUGUUAUGGGACAACACACUCAGCCAAGAACAUUCUUGAAGACAUCAGCAACAUGUUCAACGACCUAGCUGAGCAACUGGAUGCCAUGUUGGACUGAGCACCAGCUUCUUGGCUUGCAUUAUUAUAGGUUUACGCUUUUAACCUGAUACAUAUAACAGACGGACAACCUCUGAGAUGUGUCUCACAAGUACUUCUAGUUUCUUCUCCCUGCCUGCACUUUAGCAUCUUGCUUCCUCAUCAUGUUUUGCUGGAUAGAGGCUCCCAGAUCUUCACUUCCAGCUGGAAACCGCCCCAAACAGCUACAUAUGCUCUGGUGCUUCCUAGUGCUUUGACCACAAGCAAGCACUCCAAUGCAGAUUGACUUGGUUUCUACCUAUACACCAGAACAAAUGUGCUGCUUUAUGAACUAAUGGUGCACACCACACUGCAGUUACAAAGCGGCAGAAAUAUCUCUACUCAGGCUAAUUGUGGAAUAAGAUGAUCAGUGUCACUGUGAGCUUCUCCUCAAAAGGUCUCCUCCUGCCACACAGGCCUACAUUUCUUCUCAAGACGAACUCAUUCUUUGUUCCUGAGUUUUGUCAUUUCAAUAGUAGAAGCAUUGUGUCAAUUUUUUUUCAGAUAUAGUGGUCCACUGGUUGGUUGUUGGCAGCUUGCAGAACAAGGCAAAAUCCCUGAGGCCUUUUCAGCAUAUCAAUACAGAAAAUACUAUGUAACCAGUGGGCUUAAAUCUCCUUCCUGUUCAAAAAGUACAUGCCAUAGCUUGUGGUUCAUAAAAAAAUUGCACACAUCAUUUCAAAGCAAAGUUUUGGGGAAAAUGGGAAGCUACUUGACCUCUCCCAAAUCCUUUGGACUUAUGCAAUGCAUGGGAUUGGAAGACCAGAGAGCAGAGAAGAGACUUUUUCAGUAGACUCUGUGAGAGCAAUACCGGCUAGUUUAGCAAAUCCCCUAAUGCAGGGGCACCAGACCACAGCAUGUCAGCAACCGAUUUUGUGCAAACAAGCAAAGCCCCUUCAGUGGGAUGCAGGCAGUAUACAAAACUAUGCCACCUCAGAUCCAUGGAAAAACCUUUCUCCAUGGAACCAGUCCCAAAGGUUGGGGGGCGCUGCCCUAGUGAUAAUGACUAUAAAAAUAUGCUAACAUGCCAACUGAGUUUCUGUUGUAGCCAUAUGAGGUGACAUUUUUUUUUAACUUACAGUGUUUUCCCCUGCAAGGAGCAAAACACUUUUGACAGCUAAUUAGAGCUGUUGCCUUUUUAGGGAAACGAAAAAUGGCAGCAUUUGGGCUCCAAACGUUUGCAAAACUGCCCCUUAGUCCUUUCUCACUCACCCUCCCAGCUCAAAGAGUGCCUACCACAGGGGUCCCCAAACUUGGCAACUCCACAAGUCUUAAAAGUUGUCAAGUGUGAAGACCUCUGGCCUACAAGCUUAUUAUUAAACCCACAAAUAAGAAUCUAGAAGAGCCAAGCUACAGCUAUGUUACCCUAUUGCACUUCAGAAAAAAAUGAUCUCUGAAGUGAGAAAAAGGGAGAAGUUGCACACAAAUUGUUUAUAAGCUACAAAUAGGCUUAUAGCCAAGAUUUUUUUAAAAUUAUGCCUGAAACUAUGACAGUGCCCUUCCCUUUUGAAGGUUCUUGCUGUCUUAAAGGGUUUACCAGGAGGGUAAAUUCUCCUUUCAUGGCAAGAGGAAGCCCUCUGCUGAUGGAACCAAGAAAGCACAAUUCUUUUUUUCCCCAGCCAUGAAUCAGGCAAUGCAAGUGCUGGUUUCUUAGAAAUAAAGUGGGGAAGGAAAGUAGCAAAUAGGGCUGUCAGGACAAAGGAGCCUUUUAGCAGCUCUUUGCCAUAGGUCUAGUUUCUCUUCGUGUUUGACUCUUUUUAUCCAGUGUCAAGUGGAUUAGUCAGCCUUUGGUUGAUGACUAGGGCUGUAAGAAUAAUAGCUGCAACCGGUGGCACUUAUCAAAAAGAGUCCCUAUAAAACUUUUUUUUCUAAAUAGAUUAUACAUUUCACACUUUACUGACUGGCUAGAACUCAUAUUUGCUCCCCACUGUUGAUAAAACUGUAAAAAAAAUUAAAGAUAUGUAUAUAUUUUUUAAAAGUGGGUUUGUUAUAUAUUUACUAAUCAAAGAUCUGUUGUAUUUUAUGAUCUGGGUGGAACCACAUUACUGUCUGAGCCACUAGGAGGCAGUAAAAUGCUAUUCUUUCUCCUUAUCGCUGAGAGAAUCCAAUCUGUUUGGUUUUUAUUUGCUCUUUCAAAAAAUGCUUAUUUUUUAAAGAACUAAUAGUUUAUUUUAAAUAUAUUGUAUGCUGUGUAAAUUAUGUAUGGAUGCAGCCGAGUCUAACCAGCCUUGGAGUAGAAAAUGAUAGGGAAAUUACUUCAUGAGAACACCUGACAGUUUUGAAGUUUAAAUCUUGUUAAAUGUUAAUCAUGGCUUAUUGUUUUCCAUUAACACACCUUACAAUUUGAUGGUAUUAAAUAGUGGAAAUAAUUUUCCCUUUUGAUGGUCUUGC